UGUUACAUAAAAAUGUGGGUCAAAGUUUUGCUAGUGUCAUUCGGCUGCUGUAUUACAUGCCCUACUAGAGUCUAGUCUAGUCUAUAGAACAACCACCUAACUUUAAAUGUAUGCUGUGCAAUGAUUAAGUGAUUAUGAGCAAUAUUUGACCAUGACUAUGGCUGAAAAGGCAGUACAUGAUCUGUAUGAGGAAGUUUGGAAGUGGAAACUGUUAGAAAGCCCUGAGCUCUCUUCUUUUUGUGGCUACCAUGAGUAUGAUGAUAAAUGGGAUGACAUCAGCGAAGAAGCUUACAAGAGAAGAGAGGUCUGUAUACAAGAAUUCUUGGAAAAGGCACAGUCCAUUGAUACAAGCUCAUGUACUUGGGAAACCAAGAUUAACUACAGCACUCUUGUUGAUGAUUUAAAGCUGUAUUUACAAGGAACAAGAUUCAAAAGUUACUUAAUGCCCAUAAACUACAUUGAAGGCAUCCAUAAUGACUGCAAUCUCACCAUUUCAUAUAUGAAAUUUGAAACUGAUGAUGAUUUCUAUAAAUAUAUCUCAAGACUUGAAAAACUUCCCAAAAGGAUUGAACAAGUUAUAUCUGUUUUAAAGAGGGGAGUUGAAGAAGGUGUUGUCAUGUUUUCUGGUUCGGUGAAUUUAAUACCUAGUCAGCUGGAUAAGUUUGUCAACACCCCAUGGGAUGAGCUGGCAUUGUUCAAACCAAUGACUAAAAAAUAUACAAAUAUCCCUGAAGAAAAAUUAGAACAAUUUCAAACACAAGCCAAACAUCUAAUUUCAACUGGAGUAUACCCUGCAUUAAUGAGACUGAAAGCAUAUUUGGAAGAGGAAUAUUUUUUGCAUCUGAGGCCAAAAGAAGGGAUUAAUUGUCUUGAGAAUGGGGAUCAGUGGUAUCAGCAAUGCUUGGAUUUUCAUCUUAGCUGUUCAAUGACACCACAACAGGUUCACGAUCUUGGCCUCAAAGAAGUUGCUCGCAUACGUGAACAGAUGUUAGCUAUUGCUAGUAAAGAAGGACUGGGUGAAACUUUUCCAGAGAUCCUGGCAGCAAUUAAAAAAAGGCAGCAUAAGUUUUUCAAAACAGAAGAAGAGGUUCUGGACUAUGUAAAAAAUCUGUGUUAUAAUAAAAUAAGGCCCAAACUUUCAAACAUGUUUAAUGGACUACCUGACAUUCCUAUGGUAAUUAAACCAGUCCCUGAUUUCAUGAAAAAUGCCCCAGCUGGAUUCUACCUAAAUGGAACUCCAGAUGGGUCAAGAGAAGGUAGUUACUGUAUCAACACACACAAUCUGGAUGCCUGUAUACCUUUCCAGCUGCCUGCUUUAAGUUUGCAUGAAGGAGAACCAGGUCACCAUCUACAGAGCAUCUACACAUUAGGUUCUUGUCACCUGCCUCAACUACGCAAGUUUGCAGAAGACAGCAAAUAUUAUUUGGCACCUGGAAAGUUUGCAUUGAAAACAGCUUAUAUUGAGGGUUGGGGCUUGUACUCCGAAGGACUAGGGGAAGAAAUGAAUAUGUAUGAGGAUCAACUGGAUUUGCUGGGACGCUACAGCUAUGAGAUCUUUAGAGCUGCCAGGCUAGUUGUAGACACAGGAAUUCACUGUUUUGGAUGGACCAGAGAUCAAGCAUUAGCUUAUAUGACCAACAAUAGUCUUGCAUCUGAAAAUGGAGCUGCCAGAGAGGUCGAUAGAUAUAUAACCUGGCCAGGUCAAGCUUGUGCUUACAAGGUUGGUGAGAUCAAAAUCUGGGAGCUAAGGCGGAAAGCAGAAUCAAUGUUAGGUAAUCGAUUUAACCUAAAGGAAUUUCACCAUAGAAUCCUUUCAUGUGGCAGUGUGCCUCUACAUAUUCUGGAGAGAAUUGUUGAUAAUUAUAUUUCUGAAAAAAGUCUUACAAAUCAGCAAAACUCUCAGUAAUAUGAUUUUACAAAACUUUGAUGUUAUGGCUGAGAAUUUUUAAAAGGUACUGCACUUAAGAAAAAGUCAUAUAUUUUUUAAAUGUAUAAUAAUAUAUUUUUCUUUACAUAUUAAGGUUAAUACUACAAUUUUGUACUUUAAACUUAAAAAAAAAUGAUGUACCUACAUAUUAAUAAAUUAUGUACUGUAUAACUUUGAACAAAUUCAUGAACAAAGAAUACCAUCUUCAUUUUAAAUUUAACAAUUCAUAGACUUUAUAUUAUAUUUUGUUAUAUCUUAUAUAUGUGAUACAUUUUAUGCACUAAAACCUGUUAAGCAGUUUUUUUAUACUAGUUUUAUUUACUUCAUAUCUUUUAAUAAUAACGUUUUAAUUAUCCAUUAUACUUUUACCAGUUUAAUUUACAAAAAUGUGCUCAAUUUUAGUGGAUACUAAAAAUAUUGAAAAAAAAAAGAUAUAUAUAAAGGGUGACUGUAUAUAGAUAUACAAGCCUAUAUAUAAACAUUAUAGUUGUAGUUUUUAAUCCCUUGAUAUUCCAAGUUGCAUAAUAAAAGUGCUCUUACAUUACCAGGGUAAUUAUUUUCUGCUAACUGUUGAAAUUAUUUUUUGUGUUUCAACCUCAGCAAUUUUUAUAGCAAUCUUCAUAAUAAAUGUUUAACUUUAUACUGUUUUGUAAUAGAAUGGAAUAAUACCUUUUUUAUACAGAAUGUCUAGCCAGCAGAACUAUGUUCUUUUUUUACAAUUGUGUGAUACAUUUUCUUGAUUUUCACCUUUUUGAGCAUUUAAUUUUAAUGCUGAUUAUAGAUAUCUUUAUUUUUUUAGCAGUUGUUACAGUAUUUUCUGAUGUUUUUAAAAAUAUGCAGUUCUUAACCAACACAAAAUAUAAAUAUAAUUCAUUGUAAAAUUUUUAUAAUCUUUUGUUGAAAGUGAUAAAACUUGUGCUAAAAAUUGUUAACAAUACACAACAUUUGUGUUCAACAUAUAGUGUAUGUAAAUAAAUUACUUUUUUUUUUAAAUUUUAGAUUCCUUUAGCAGUUGUGUCUUAUGUCAUGUGUGUAUAUUAGUAUAAUAUUAUUUCUAUUAAACUAUACUCACUGACAGCAAUGUAUCAUUAUGCAAUAAAUGCAGCAUUUUAUGCUUUUAAACAGAGGUAAAGCUGU